CAUGACGCAGAGUGAAGUUAUCAACUGGGAUAUUUCUGGUAAAACUGAAAGCAAGAAAAAGCAAGGUGCACACUUCAGGAAGUACCAGCCCCCGUGGGACUGUUGGAGGCCUUGGGGGGACUUGGGUGCCAUUCCCCAGUGACAGACAGAUGGAUGGACCUUCCUUCUGAAAGAAAGGAGGACACAUGCUGGCAAAUCAACCUCAAACCCAAGAUCACUUGUGAAGAAAUCAUAAAGGGGAACAUACACACAAAACCUAGAGGGAAAGAGCGAAAAAGCGAGAAGGGCAGGAAUCGAGGCAGACCUGUCGCUUCAGCAGCUACUCACCUGAAGCGGGAGCAAAAUGUCCCUGAAGUUGCCGAGGAACUGGGAUUUCAACCUGAAAGUGGAGCCUGGGAAAAUAGCUCGGUCCCGGAGUGUGAUGACCGGCGAGCAGAUGGCCGCCCUCCACCAGCCGUCUGCCCCCAACCCGCUGGAGAGGCCCAUCAAGAUGGGCUGGCUCAAGAAGCAGAGGUCCAUCGUGAAGAACUGGCAGCAGAGAUACUUCGUGCUGAGGGCGCAGCAGCUCUACUACUAUAAGGACGAAGAGGAGGCGAAGCCACAGGGUUGCAUGUAUCUACCAGGAAGUACGAUCAAGGAGAUCGCCACAAACCCAGAAGAGGCGGGGAAGUUUGUCUUUGAAGUCAUUCCAGCCUCAUGGGACCAGAGUCGCACAGGACAGGACUCCUAUGUCCUCAUGGCCAGCUCUCAGGCGGAGAUGGAGGAGUGGGUUAAAUUCCUUAGGAGAGUCGCUGGCACGCCCUCUGGAGCCGUGUUUGGCCAGCGUUUGGAUGAGACUGUGGCCUAUGAGCAGAAAUUUGGCCCCCACCUGGUGCCCAUCCUGGUGGAGAAGUGUGCAGAGUUCAUCCUCCAGCACGGCCUGAAUGAAGAGGGCAUCUUCCGACUGCCUGGGCAGGACAACCUGGUGAAGCAGCUCAGAGAUGCUUUUGAUGCCGGGGAGCGGCCCUCCUUUGACAGAGAGACAGACGUGCACACAGUGGCCUCCCUGUUAAAGCUCUAUCUCCGAGACCUCCCGGAGCCUGUGGUUCCCUGGAACCAGUAUGAGGGGUUCCUGCUCUGCGGGCAGCUCAUGAAUGCAGAUGAGGCAAAGGCUCAGCAGGAGUUGGGGAAGCAGCUGUCCAUCCUUCCUCGAGACAACUAUAGCCUCCUGAGUUACAUAUGCAGGUUCCUGCAUGAAAUCCAGCUCAACUGCGGUGUUAACAAGAUGAGCGUGGAUAACCUGGCUACCGUGAUUGGUGUGAAUCUCAUCAGGUCGAAGGUCGAAGACCCUGCUGUGAUCAUGAGAGGGACUCCUCAAAUCCAAAGAGUGAUGACCAUGAUGAUCAGAGACCAUGAAGUUCUCUUCCCCAAGUCCAAGGAUGCCCCCCUUUCGCCCCCUGCUCAGAAAAAUGACCCUAAGAAACCUCCAGUAGCUCGAAGCUCUGUGGGCUGGGAUGCCACUGAAGACCCUCCAAUUUCUAGGACAGACAGCUUCAGUAACAUGACCAGCGACUCGGACACAACCAGCCCCACUGGACAACGGCCGAGUGAUGGGUGUCUGGAGGAGAGCAGUAAAACCCCCAGGGAAAAGGUAGGUGAUUGGAAGCUGCAGUCACGAAAAAGGACUCAGACACUCCCUAAUCGGAAAUGCUUCUUGACGUCAGUGUUUCAAGGUGCCAACAGCAGCAAAGUGGAGAUCUUUAAAAAUGAGUUCUGGUCACCUUCGGAGGUAAAGGCCGAGGAAGGGCACAGGAGAACGAUGUCUCAAGGUGUGCCUCACUGUCCCGACUCCCAGCGGACUUCCACCUAUGACAAUGUCCCUGCCCCGCCCGGGGCCCCCGGGGAGGAGGCAGCUACCGUCUCUUCCCAUGCCUGUGACUCCAAGAGAGAAACUCUUGCCAGCCCUAACUCUGAAACCGGGCAUGGAAAAAAGAACUCUGGAGAAGAGGAACUUGAAUCCUUGCAGAGGGUGGUCCAGGAGCUGCGAAAGGAAAUAGAGACACAGAAGCAAACAUAUGAGGAACAGAUUAAAACCCUUGAGAAGGAAAAUUAUGAUGUCUGGGCCAAGGUGGUGAGGCUCAAUGAAGAACUGGAGAAGGAGAAGAAGAAAUUUGCAGCCUUGGAAAUCAGCCUCCGCAAUGUGGAGCGCUCCCGGGAGGAUGUUGAGAGGAGGAACAAGGCCCUGGAAGAAGAAGUCAAAGAAUUUGUCAAAUCGAUGAAAGAGCCCAAAGCUGAUGCUUGAGGGUUCCAAGCAUACCAUGAAGACAGCCCACAGAGGCUCACCCAACACAUUCCCUUUCUCGGUGCUACCUGAUGACUGAGAAGCAAAAUUACUCCCUAGGAGGGAGAAGACAUUUAGGGGGAAACAUAGCUUUUCCCAGUAAAAUAAAUCAAUGGAAUUUGCAGGAAGAUGAGGGUGAGCAGGGACAUGUGGGGACAUUUAUGACCCCUGUGGCUGUAUUCAAAAGGAUUGCAUUAUUCCACCGUGAUCUCAGGCCGAGCUAAAUGGAACCUUCCAUGGCUGGGUGUCUAAGUCCAAUGGAGACAUUUGAAACAGGCCACAUCCCAGGACCCUGGCAACAGGCUGGCCCCCACCAAGGCUGGACUGAGGCAUUAGUUCUUUUUUUUUUUUUCUUUGUGGAAUAAUUCAUCUAGUCAGAUGGCCUCAUGGUGUCCUUGAGACACAGGGGCAGAAAAUGAUAUUUAGCUUUCUUGUACUCGCCUGUGGUGAGCUGUGUUUUGGGGGGACCGCACCUGCUGACCAGAGCCCCAUUCCGUAACCCCCUUCCAUGAUGCACACUCUCCCUGGAAACUCAAAAUUAUUAUUAGACUAAGACAAAACAAGCAAUAAACUUUGUAUUUAUGAAGGCAAAAUUGAUAAGAAAGGCAUAUACAAAUAAAGCAGAAAGAAAGAAAGAAAAAGAAAGAAAGAAAGAAAGAGAGAGAGAAAGAAAGAUAGGCAGAGCAGUUGGUAAUACUUACAGAUACCUUGGUGAGCCUUAGUGAAAAGUGCCCCUUCCUUGAGACAGAUGCACUCCUUUCCUGGCACGUGGCAUGGUGAGCAGGGUCUGCGCUGGGUUCCAGUCCCGACCUGCCUUUCCAUGGCCACAGUUGUAUACAGUGGACCUGUGACAGAGGCCUUCUCACCAUGAUGGGACGUCCUUAGAGGUUGGGUGGGGGUUUAGAUAGUAAUAGUCACGAUAAUAUUUUUUUCUGUUACACCAAAAUGUAAGUGAUUUCACUCCUGAAAGGAACCAGAAGCACUAGGGAACAGCGGGGAGGGGAGCCUUCCCAGCAGACAGCUGACUUGUCCUCCUACAUUAAGGCAGUCUAGCAGAGGGCCCUGGUGAGACCCCACACCUCGCUAGGUGGGAAAGUGGACUCUUUCGUGGUGACUGUCAUUGUCCUCAGCAGGUGGUCUCCAAGCUCUUUUGACUAUGUACCCCAUCAGUAGAAAAUACUGAUGUAGAAAUACACCCCCCAAUAGAUUUCUUUACUUAUAAAUUAUAUACAUGUACUACUACAUUGCUAUAUCAUAUAUAUCCUAAAACACACACAGGACAGACAUUGAGUAAGGAUGAGCCCUAAACACAUAUAAAUAGAUGUUCUCCAAGGUGCCUUCUGCUCUGGAGGCCACUGGCCCGAUUUCCCAGCAGGUGUUACCUGUGCUUGUUUUACAGAGGUCGCACUGCUUCCACGCAUUUACUUGAACUCUUGAAGCCACCUGGCUUCCUCAGAGAUUUGAGAUCGAUGGUCACCGUGGUGAGAGUUGAGGCCUCCCAGCACAUGUUUCCAUCAUUUUUCCUUUUUCUCCUUUCAUUUUCUCACUUUUUCUCCUCUUCUCUUUGUUUUCGUCCCUCUGGUUAUUUCCCCGCUGUGUGUGGCCUUGACACAUUACCCACAGAGCAAAAGGUACCGACCGGAGGGUGAGUGUGGCUCAGUCCUGCUACUCAGGUCCUGCUGCAGCCACCACCAGCCACCAGACUGCUGGAGGGAGGGGGUGAGACCCAGCACAUUCUCUUAGAGACCUGCUUACAGAAGCCUGGGGGUGUGGGAGGGGGGUGAUUUGGCACACCAUUAAGUAAAGCAAUAAAAUAUUCGAUUUCCUGGGGUUUACUUGUUUUGUAAUUACAGAGUGGCAAGUGUGGAGACACUUGUUGAACACCUAAUUUAGGAGAGUCUGUAGUUCUGCAGGGCAUGGAUUCCUCACACUGACUCUUUAGGCGCUGAAACAGAGUUGAGGAUGCAAGUAGCCGGCUGCAUAAUUCUAAAGGGAACAUUGCUUGAAGGUGCAAAAAGGAGGACCUGAGGUCAGUGUUUGGAGGCUGGUGUUGCCGGACCUUGCUGGGCCUCGGAGCAAGAGCUCGGGCUGAGUAGAAGGGCUGCAUUCGAAUUCCAAGCUCCUCCUGGCCAGGGGAUGCCUCUUGUUCUAUUCCUUCCCCCAAGACUAUGAGCUAACAGAGUGGCUGCUCCAGCCUGGGAAGCUGGAGUGUCCGUUCCUCUUCAUAAUCAAGAGGGGGACCUGGCUGGCGGAAGUUGCCCUGCUUCCUCAUGUGCCACUGUCCAUAGAAGGAGAACACAAGAAACAGGAGUUUUUCUAGUACCCUAGGCCCUGUGAGUGCAAGGAAGGGCCCGUGAAGAUCUGGGGUCUGAUGGCACUGGCCUCAGCGCCCCAGAGGCUACAUGUGAAGUGGACGACAGGGUAGCGCUAGACCUCGUCUGGACCAAGAAGCCAGUCUUUGGAAAGCAGCUCUCAGAGACUGACCUAGGUCAUCAGUGUCCUGUUGGCUCCCACCUUUAGCUCUCCCAGGGGCAAGAUCUACUAGAUCUGCCUUUUUCCAGCCACCUGCCCCCUCUUCACCUCAGCUCUCGUCCACCUGCACAGAUAACGAGAAACUAAAAAAGGUCUGCAACACGCACAUCAAAACCCCUGGCCUUCUUCCCUACCAAAAUUUGUCAUUUGCCUCACAGCCUCAAGUAUGGCACGUGUCAGCUUACUUUUCUGUCAAGUUUGAGGCAGAGCUGAGGGGUUUCUAGUAAGUUUGUGCACCAAUAGGACAUUUUGUAUUAGGGGAUUGGCUGAGAUUUCUGUCUUUGUCCGCUUGGGCUGCUAUAACAAAAUACCACAGACUGGGGGCCUUGUAACAACAGAUAUUUAUUUCUCACAGUUCCAGAUGCUGGGAGUCUGAGAGCGGGGUGGAGCGAGGGCCCCCUUCGGGGUUGCAGACUUCUCGUGUGUCCCCACAUGGUGGAGGGACUUGCAAGCUCUGUGGUGCUUCUUUUCUGUCACUAAUCCCAUUCAUGAGGGCUCCACCCUCCUAAUGCCAUCAUCUCUGGGGGUUAAUAUUUCUACACAUGAAUUGGGGGUGGGCGCGCCACCAUUCAGAGCACAGCAAUUCCCUUUCCAGUGAAUUUUGGUCAGAGUCUGAGGCCUGGAGUGUGACAUUCCUCAAGCAGAGCCUGGGUAGAGGAUGUAAGCACCAGAGAUUUUUGUGGUUGCUGCUCUGAUCAGUUCCUUAAGCCCUGCUUAGCAGCCCAUCCCAUUUAAAAAAGCACAAAGCAGGAGACUCCAAGGCAAGUCAAGGCUGCCGAGAUGGGCGGGAGAGGAGCACCAUACAGCAGCUGUUGGCCGGGUUCCCAGGGCUCAAGACAGGAGGAUGUGCGCACACUGACAUCGUGUAAACUUCCACAUUCCACCGCUUCCUCUGCAGAUACCAUCAGUGGUCAGGCCAUGCGCUCGCCGGGGAGCAGAGAGAUCACUUAGAGGCCGCCCCUGCGAUUCAAAUGAGCUGCCUUUACAAGAAUUGCACACAAGCUUUCAUCCUGCUGGACAAGGCCCCCAAGGGUGGAGGUCUCUCUACUGCUGGAGAAGGUCAGGCUGCCAUUUGGCCGGCAGCACAAGGGCUGGAGCUGGUGGACCCAUGGGUCAGUAGGCUUCCCAGGGUGACUUCAGAUGAGGAAUGAGCAGAGAAUACUAACGCAGAGGUGCAUCUUUCCUCUGAUGCUCGAAAACUAUUUUAGAAUCAUAGAAUAACAGCAUUGGAAAACACCCAUGAGCUUAUCUAAUCUAAGGUGUUCAUUUAAUGGAUAGGGAAACUGAGGCCUGGAGACAAGCUGAAUUGCCAGUGCUCACAUAUCAAUGCCGAAGAGGAUUAAAGUUAGGGGAUUUUUAACCGCUCCUCUAGCCCACUAUCUAGUGAUUCUUGACAUCUGUCCAUGAGUUCUUUCCCCCGGGCCAUGACCAUGGGGUGAAACCCGUUGAGCGUCACUUGCUGAGUAUGUCCAGAAUAGAAAGCCAGGCUCACCUCUUGGUCACAAGCAAGGCUUGGCUAAUAUGAUGCCAUUUUCCACCUACUUUAUAUUACUGAUGCUGUUUUAAGACAGUGGUUCUCAGUCUUGGCUGCACUAUAGAAUUACCUUACGGAGAUUUUUUUUAAAAAUUCUGAUGCUCAAACCCCACCCCAUGUCAACUGAAUCAGAAUUUUGGGGGGUGGAGUCUAAGAACUUUUUUCCUUAAAAAAACUUCCAGUUAAUUCUAAUAUGCAGACAGAAGUGUUAAACAUGGUUCUAAAACUGCUAAGUUUGGCUCAAGUCAUGACUAAUGAUAAUAUUAAAUCUACCUACUCCUUUUUUCUUUUCUUUUUUUUUAAGAUUUUAUUUAUUAGAGAGAGAGAGAGAGCGAGAGCAUGCAGGAGUAAGGGGGUUGGGGGUGGAGGAAG